CCGUUCUACCCUCUAUCUCUGGCUCUUCGCGUGCUCAACCGCUAAUUCCCUCCCCUCUCCUCUCUCCCUCCGAUCAUUCGCGGCGGCGGCGGCGGCGACCGGCGACCGGCGGCCAUGCGGGUGGCACCCAAGGUCCUCGUCCUCGUCCGCGACGCCGCCGGCUACGGCGCCGCCCUCGCCGACGCGCUCCGCCCAACGCCGGGGCUCACGAGGGAAUCCACGCCCCUGGAGCUCCCCCUCGCCAAGUACGGCCUCGACGGGGAGAAGGCCUCCGGCGAGCUCGUGAACUUCUCCGAUUCUAGUGGCGAUCCGCAGGUGUCCUUUUUUGUCCUACCAGACUAUAAGCCUCCUGUUGCAGCAUGUGCUAUGAAUGAGAUUUUAGCAUUGGUUUCUUCGGAAGCUCCAUCCACUCAGCCAACCCUCAUUGUCCCAUUUAUGACAAGAUCGCCAAACUAUUAUCAUGGAGCAAAAACAGGACAGUUAGCUACACUCCAUGGUGCUGAAAUAGGAGCAACAACUGAGUUUACUCAGAUGUUAGUUGACGGAACUACUAAACUUCCUCAAUCUUUACAAGUGCGAAGUGAGCCAAUACUCUGUUUGCUGGAAAUGGUACGUGUGUUGAAUAUACCGACAGUUAUUCUUUUUGCAUCCGGUGGGCAGCACCAAGGAAAAAGCUCUACAGAUGUGGACCUUGAGGUGCUGCAGUGUGUAGGUGAUCACUUGGCUAAGCACAUCAACUUGGAAUUCAGCAAAGAAACCGUUCUUCAGAGGGGGAUCGAAAAAUCACCCGUCUUUCAGGAACCAUGGCGCGAACUGUACCAGUGACAGAAUUCUGGCAUGCCAGCACCCUCUGAAUUUAGUUUUGUAGGCCUUACAUGUUGGACUAGUACGGUGUACCGGAAUGCUGGAUUUAUUCUGUCAAAGGGUGUGUAAUAUGACGCUCUGUUUGCUUCUGUUUACUUCCAUCUUGAUCAACUGCUUCUCAUUCCUUGCUGCCACUCUAGAGCAAAGCUCCUAUAAAAUUAUAGAAGAAACCGCUGGACUGGUCAAUCUGGUCUUCUGGCAAUCCUAAUUUUCCCAAGGGUUGGUUGUUUGACUUGAGCGUGUAAUGACUGGAAUUAGUACUACAGAAGUUUGUCAUCACUUGUUUGGUUGAUGAUUCGGUGCA